AUGUCGGAUAUUGCAGGACCAAGUCUCCUACUUGCAGAGAGCCAUGAUAUAGUUCAAGCACUUCAGUUUUAUGUGUUGCUGGAUGAUAUGAAAGAGGGAGCAGCAGGGUACAGAGAAGGUAGAUCUAAGGGAAACCAGUCUGUGGAUAAGGAGAAGAGACAUUCUUCUCCAGAGGAGGCCUCUGUCAAACUCCUUGCUGAGAAUUUUCACGCCAUUAUUUACAGUUCCCUUUGUCUUUGGUCCACUGUUCACUUAUCUAGCCUGCAAGUCUCUCAGCAGGGGGAAAGCCAGAGACGUUUGUACAGAGAUCUGCUGCGGAACUACAAUCGUCUGGAACGACCUGUGGUGAAUGACUCCCAGCCGCUCGUAGUCGAACUCCAGCUUUCCUUGCUGCAGAUAAUUGACGUGGACGAGAAGAAUCAGGUGUUGAUCACCAAUGCUUGGCUGCAGAUGUCCUGGGUUGAUGUUUACUUGUCUUGGGAUCAAUAUGAAUACCCAGGAGUGCAGAACUUGAGAUUUCCUGCUGACCAGAUUUGGGUACCAGACAUUCUUCUGUAUAACAGUGCAGAUGAAAGAUUUGAUGCGACAUUUCAUACAAAUGUGCUGGUGAACUACUCUGGAUCCUGCCAAUAUAUUCCUCCAGGCAUUUUGAAGAGCACAUGUUACAUUGAUGUCCGCUGGUUCCCCUUUGAUGUGCAGAAGUGUGAUUUGAAGUUUGGCUCCUGGACUCACAGUGGCUGGUUGAUAGACCUGCAGAUGCUCGAGGCUGAUAUUUCCAACUACAUCUCAAAUGGAGAAUGGGAUUUAGUGGGUGUCCCAGGGAAGAGGAAUGAGAUGUACUAUGAAUGCUGCAAAGAGCCAUACCCAGAUGUGACGUACACCAUCACCAUGCGUCGCCGCACCCUCUACUACGGCUUGAACUUACUCAUUCCCUGUGUUCUCAUAUCUGGCUUAGCACUGCUUGUAUUCCUUUUGCCAGCUGAUUCAGGGGAGAAGAUUUCUUUAGGUAUUACUGUCCUUCUUUCCCUGACUGUAUUCAUGCUGCUUGUGGCUGAGAUCAUGCCUGCAACUUCUGACUCUGUCCCACUAAUAGCUCAGUAUUUCGCUAGCAUCAUGGUCAUCGUUGGUCUGUCUGUGGUGGUAACAGUGCUGGUUCUGCAGUUUCACCAUCAUGACCCCCAAGCAGGAAAGAUGCCCAAAUGGCCCCUCUCCUGCAAGUACAGCUACUCCAAGCAGCAGCUGAGCGUGAACAGCCUGGACGUGAACGCCCUGCCCGGGCACCAGCCCAGCAAUGGCAACUCCAUCUACAGCUACCACGGCGUGGAGAGCCCGUGCUGCCCGCAGCAGAACGACCUGGGCAGCAAGGCAGGGAAGGUGACCUGCCCCUUGGCAGAAGACAUCGAGCUUGUGCAAAAGAAAGCUCUAAUGGACACCCUUCCAGUGAUGGUGAAAAUCCUGGAGGAAGUCCAGUUCAUAGCCAUGCGGUUCAGGAAGCAAGACGAGGGUGAAGAGGUCUGCAGUGAGUGGAAGUUUGCAGCUGCUGUCAUAGACAGAUUAUGUCUGGUUGCAUUUACCCUCUUUGCCAUCGUUUGCACAUUUACAAUACUCAUGUCUGCUCCAAAUUUUAUAGAAGCUGUUUCAAAGGAUUUUGCAUAAGGUUUUCAAAGAUGAGCAUGACAAUAAAAAAGUGAAUAUUGCCAGUAAUUUUACUAGAUAAUUUAACUCAAAUAGAGAAGUGUAC